AUGGCCACCACUGCCACCACGGCCACCACUGCCACCAGUGUCCCCACGGUGCCCAACAACACGUGCCACCGGCCGCGCAGCGAGGCCGGAGACGUCCCCGGGGUCACGGCCACCCCCGGCGGCGGCGGCGGCGGCGGCGGCGGCGGGCACGCUCCGGGUGCCGACACCGGCACCGGCACCUCGCAGCCGGAGAGAGGCGGUGGCGGAGCCGUCGCCCCCGCGCGCUGGGGACACACCCACGCGCGCUCCCCGGCGCGCUCGGCCACCCCCGCGCACCGACAGCACCCCCGGGAAGGGGCUGCCCACGCCCGCAGCGCCGCGCGCCCACGCACGGCCCCGCACGGACAGACCGACACACAGGGCUGCACAGACAGACCGACACACGGCCCCAUGGACACACGGCCCCGCACGGACAGACCGACACACAGCCCUGCACGGACAGACCGACGCACGGCCCCAUGGACACACAGCCCCGCACGGACAGACCGACACACGGCCCCACACGGACAGACCGACACACAGCCCUGCACGGACAGACCGACGCACGGCCCCAUGGACACACGGCCCUGCACGGACAGACUGACACACGGCCCUGCACGGACAGACCGACACACGGCCCCAUGGACACACGGCCCCGCACGGACAGACCGACACACAGCCCCGCACGGACAGAUGGACACACGGCCCACGGACAGACCGACACACAGCCCCGCACGGACAGAUGGACACACGGCCCCGCACGGACAGACCGACACACAGCCCUGCACGGACAGACCGACGCACGGCCCCAUGGACACACAGCCCCGCACGGACAGACCGACACACGGCCCCGCACGGACAGAUGGACACACGGCCCCGCACGGACAGACCGACACACGGCCCCACACGGACAGACCGACACACAGCCCCAUGGACAGACUGACACACGGCCCCGCACGGACAGACCGACACACGGCCCCGCACGGCCAGACCGACACACGGCCCCAUGGACACACAGCCCCGCACAGACAGACCGACACACGGCCCCGCACGGACAGACCGACACACGGCCCCAUGGACACACAGCCCCGCACAGACAGACCGACACACGGCCCCGCACGGACAGAUGGACACACAGACCUGCACGGACAGAUGGACACACAGCCCCACAUGGACAGAUGGACACACAGCCCCGCUGGCUGGGACCACGGCUGCACGGUGAUGGGCACAGCUCAGCGCUCAGCCGGGCACCACCUCACCACCCCCUCGGCAGGAUGGGGAGGGGGAGCCUCUGGGUGGGGAGGGGUCCUGGGCCUGCCCCGAGCCCUCCGCAGCAGCGGGAGAACGCAGGAUGGCUGGCGCCGCCAUCCAGGGGAGGCUGGAGGGGCUGCGCCGCUCUGCCCAGCGCCUCGGGCAGCCGGGGAUGGGGAUGCCCGCUGGGAGCAGGAGAUGGGGACCCCCUCUCCCCCACCCACGGGGAAUCCUGGCGGAGCCGAGCGCCACGGCACCGCUGAGACGCCCCCGGCCAUCCCCGGCUCCUUCCUCCCCGGUUCACCCCCGGACACCCUCUCGCCCCGGGAUCCCCUCCCGCACCCCCCCCCGCGCUGGGCACGGCCGAGCCCGGGCACCGACCCCGCUCUGCGCCGGGCACCCCCGGGGCCGCCCCCGCCGCUCUUACCCCGCUGCCGCCUCCUACAUCCUCCGGCGGCUCCCGGGCGGUUCCCCGACGGCCCGGCCCGGCCGCCCCCGGCCCGGCUGCUCCCGGCGCGGCUCGGUUGGGCUCGGCUGGUCCCGGCACGGCCCGGGCCGGCGCCCCGCGCGUGGGAGCGCGGCGGGCGGCAGCAUGCGAGUGGCGGCGGCCCCGCAGUGCAGCGCGGGCGGGCGCGGAGCGGCGGGAGCGGAGCGGGGCCGCCGCGGCGCCGCCAAGACACGGCGGUGGAUUUUCCCCGGGAGCCAGAGCGGGCGGCGGCGGCGCAAAAUGGCUCCGGUGCGGCUCUGCCGCCGCCUCCCGGCGCCCCGGGACCCCCGGGCGGGGAGAGCGGGGGCAGCCGCACGUGGGGCCGGGAGAUGCUGCGGGCGCGGGAUGAGCGGUACCCACCAGUGGGCAUCCCCUGA